ACUAUCACGGUCCAUUGGCUCAAACUUCAUUUAGUGUCCGUUUUAAAAAUAUAGGCGUCAAAAUUGACACUGACAUUGGACCGGCUGUUUUCUGUCAAAAAUGAAAAUGUCAAUUCUGGUGUAUGUGUAAAUAUGUUUUAAUAAAUAGUUUAAAUAAAGUGAAAAUUUCUUCCAAUAUAAAAACAAAAACUUUAUGAAUAGCAUGUGAACCAUUCAAGUUUUUCAAUUAAGGACAUCCCAGUUUAUCAAUGCGUUUCAACAAGCAAGAACUGGUCACAUUGGCCACACAACCAUCUACCAAAUUUGAAAAAGAAGGAGUUUUAAUCCUGCGUGAGAAACAGGAGGGCUUUUUCAGAAAAACAGAAAUUAGUUUAGAAAGAUGGUGUCGCCUGAGAGGAAAUUUGUUGUUUUACUUCAAAAAUCGAGAUCCGUGGUCAGAGCCAUUAGGGGUGAUUGUACUCGAACAGUGCCAAGUUAGAAUAGAUCCACCAAUGUCAGGUUCAGCUUUUACCAUUGAAGGAUAUUUUCCAUUUUAUCUGGCUUUUGAUGGAGGUCUUAGCCAGGCUUUAGCGUCAGUAUCAGAUGCUGAACGAUCGAGUUGGAUAGACGCCAUCAGACAUGCCAGUUACGAGGGAAUAAGAGCCGAGUUAGGCGCUCUGAGACAGUGUAUAGAAAGAAGAAGAAGUCACAAACCAGUAGUCGAUCUUCAGACGUGGAGAUUACAGCACACACAUACGCUUGAUGUCACUGAAAUACCAUUGUGUGAAGUAUCCUUUUCAUGUGAUAAUUUACUCUGUGAUGGACAUGGUAGACCUCCAAAUCCUUCUCUAGUCGUAGAUGUUUUUAUACCUUCUUCCAAGUUUUGGGUGCAGUAUGGCAGGACCGAAGUUAUAGAGAGAUGUAGUAACCCAAUAUUUCUUUCAACCGUGAGCUUCCGCGCCUCUGACGGCCUUUCUAGAGACACUAGAGUCAGAUUCACUGUUUUUGACGUACGAGAAAGAGUGUCUGAUACAGCCGUGCCUCUAGGAUCAGCUUGUAUUCUUCUGAGUGUCAUGCAAGAUUCAACCAGACUGCGAAUACCCGUAUUAUCCAGGUCGCAAAGCACAGUAGGAUUUUUAACGAUCAACGCUUGGUUUUUGGAAGGUGAGGAUAAGGGGAGUAGCACUGAACAUACGCCAUGCAAGAAACCUCUACAUAAUCCCACCCAGGCUUUUGCCCAUCGCAGAUCCCAAUCUCUACCUCCAAGACUAGGUGUUAAAAUGAAGCUUCCUAAUCAGUCUGAAUUAAAGUUAAUAUUUUCGUCGCCAUAUUUGCAAACUUACCGUUUUCAUUCGGGAUUAGGAGGGGAUAUUUGCGUGCACGAAUACAUGGCUGAGAGUAGGGUGUGUUUCUCUUUACCUCGUCAAGUUUUAGAUAUCUGGAUCCAGCAAGAAAAAGAACUUCUCCAAGAAGUGGCCGGUAUGGGGGAGCUGCGCGAACCGUGGCACUCUAGACAAGUAGAACUACUAGAUCGACACUUGCAUCUGUUACGUCUCUAUUCGCAAGCGAGGGAGAACUUACAAGCUCACAAGGGAAGCCUGUUCAAAGCCAGUAGCCGCAAGGGGGACAGGAGUUUGGAGUUCGCUCCCGUUAACUUACAUUUACAACGAAUGUGGGUGCACAACGAUACGCUUAACAAGUCCGGGUUUUACGAUUGGAUCACCGUUGGAGCUUUUACGGCGCAUUCCCAUAAGUCCAAGAAUGGAGGAUUGAUCAAAUUAGUGCAACAGUUAAAAGAAUCUCCAAUAAAGAGUGCGAAUUGCCAAAUAACAACAAAAAUUUCUAUGGCGAACGACGCCAUACAAGCGAUCAAACAGCUGCGAAAAGAAGUGGUGGAAGCCAUGAGAAACCUAAUGCGAUUAGCUAAAGAAAAACAAACCAACGGCAUGUUACCCAUAUGCGAAGACAUGAUUAACAAAACUCGGAUACUCCUUAGUCUCUGGGACUCAGGUCUGGUCGAAGAGGCGCUGAAUUUUAUCGAGGAAUACAAGUUAUUGCCGAACGAGGAUUCAGGAGUAGGAGACGAUGACUCCAGUAUGGAUAGUUUGGGGAGACCAAACGUUUUGUCGCCGUUCAAGAGAAUCACUCAACAACUUACAUCGCUAGAUCUAAGAAGUCCGGAGUUGGAAGACUUUGCGACUCCCUGUACGCCAAUUAAUGAUGAUGACAUAUGGAAGGUGCAAAAUCACAGCGACACAAAUUGCAAUUCGUUGAAUUCCAGUGAGGUAGUGAAAAGUCUUUGUUCCAAUAUGCAGACACCUGACGAAACCAAUUUUGUUCUAUUUCCUGAGUGUGAGGAUAGUCAAAACGAGAGUUCCUUAGAAACAACAGCAGAACUAAAUAACGUUACGCCAGUACCUACGAUUAAUAUAAACGAUAGUGAUAGCACCAACCAACCUCACUCUUUGGAACCGGACACGGGACGUACCUUUCUCGAUACCAACAUCAUGUGCAGUUCUCCUUCGGCUAAUUAUUAUAAACCAACGGACGAACCCGAACCUUGGGACAUCACUCAGUUAAAUAUCGAGGCCAGCGUCAUGUGCCUUGUUAGCAAAGUCAAGUUUUUGUGUGGAAGAUGUAAUAGUCCUGCUGUCAGAUUGAAGCCGAACAUGAGGAAUAACAAAAAGACCGUCAUCGUUGACCAACCUACAAGAGGAAACAUCAUCGAUAAAGAAGCUGAGGCUGUGACAAAGGUUGUGAAUAAAAUUGUUAAGAACGGCAACAAAUUCACCGACGGUUUGGACAUCAACAAAAUCAGUGAUUGGGUCGCAGAGCUAAGACCCAGCAUGCGGAAGCUACGAUUAGCCAUGGACGGUUUACUGAAGACAGCACGAUUGACACACUCUGUUUUCAGGGUUCAAGAAAGUCCAAAAGUUGCUCAAAGGUUCUGUAAUGUGCGGUACAGAAGGGAUGUGUGCUUCUCACAAGCGUUAACUUCCCUGGUCACAGCUCUGAUGGCAAAGCUUUGGUGCCAUAAACCAGAUCCGAAUUACGUUACGAUGUUGAAUGGACUGGGACCUUUGGCGCACUUCGAAGGGCUUCUCAGCUAUUACGGUAAUGAAAUUGACAUGUGGGGAGAUAUGUCAGUUGCUAUCGAAGAUUUACGAACCGUGCUCUUCAUACUAGUGAGGAGUCCUAGUCCAUCAACAGAACCAUAUCCAACUCCCAGGGUGACAGGUACAAGAAAUUCUCUGGUGGUAUCUUUACCUGUACCAGAUUCUCUGCACAGUCUGAUACCCUCCCGCCAAACGGUAUCUUUCCACGUUACGCCAGUAUUUUUUAACAUAGGAAUUAAUGAAAUGGCCACCUUGGCUGAAAGUUUGGGUUCCACAAAGCCGCAAGAACGAUCUAAUAUCGAUAAUUUCGAAAGACUAAACGAAUAUUAUUUAAGAUACAAGAAAUUGAAAAUUUUAGACAACGCCCGAAGAAUAUCUUCCAGCGCCAGUCAAUCGAGACCUGUCAGUGCCAUUAUAGAGGAUCUUCGAUUAUCUGUACAUAGUUCCAAGGCCAAAAACGUUGAAAUCCUCCAUUUAGCAGCACAAAUAUGUAGACAAUUGAAUGGUUUAAGAUUUACGAGCUGUAAAAGUGCCAAAGACAGAACGGGAAUGUCCGUGACAUUCGAAGAGUGUCAAAUCUUAGCUGAUGAGUAUCAUUUAGCAGAACAUGAAUUCCAACGAGUAUUAGAUUGUUUAAGAAGUGAGGGUUGCCGCAGGGAAAACGCUCUGAAGAAUAUCGGAAUAAAAAAAUACGCUUUCAAUUCUAUCCAGCUCCUGGCAUAUCCAAAAUUCUACAGACCUCCUCCAGGGACGUACGGAUCUGCACUAACUUAAGGCACUCGUGUGUCGUAGAUGAAAGACACACUAUUCAAUGUUAUUCAUAUACAUUUUUGUAGUUUAUCGGGAUAUUUCGGACGAAGAUGUUUUAGGUUUUUAACUGUUGAUUUUAUUUAGAACUAACGACAAAAAUGCAGUAGAUGAGACUAUUUUCGAUAUGCAAGAGAUUUGUUCAGAGCAGCUGUCCCGAAGGUCAGAAUAGCCAUGAUGAUUGCCAACCGUCGUCGCGGAGAUGGCACUUAAAGCAGAAAAAAAGUCGAAAGUCAAGGAAUCUUGGUCUUCAGCUAACUAAUUUCACGUACAACCAAAAAUUUUGUGAUGCAUACCGAUACGAAAAGGAUCUUUUUUACUAUAAAUAAAGGUGACCUUGCAGUAAAGUGUAAAAACUUAUAUUUUGGUGGGUUUUUCUAGAACUUAUAUCUUUCUAGUUUAUAAGAGUUCCUAAAAGAGCGAGAAUCCUACUACUGAUUGCCUAUGUUUUUUGAACUUGGAAACUGUUUAUAACCCUAAUAACACCAAACAUUCCAGGAUGUUUUGUUCUGUUCUGUUCCUAGAAUGUACACACAGGAUAUUGAGAACAUUCCUGGAAUAUCCUCAAAAGCACAAGAAUGUCCCAUAAAUGUCCCAGGAAAGUCCUCUGUCAGCAUUUUAAACAUUACUUGAUUGUCUUGUUGGAACAUUCAAUGAAUGUCUACGAAUGUUCUUUGGACAUUCACAGUAUAUUUUUUAUACAUUCCCUGGAUAUAGUCACUGAUGUGACAUAAUACCUCCGAUUUGUUUUUUCAUGAGUUUUGUAAGAGAGACUAAAAACUUUUUUUACAGUCACCUCCUAUUUUCAUAUGAUAUUUUUUGACAUGUUUUGUAGUAAAUUCAACUAUCUAUUUACUACAAAACCUGUCAAAAUUUACAUGUGAAAACAGGAGAUGACCCUAAAAAUGGUUUUUCGUCUCCUACAAAAUUCAUGAAAAAGCAGAUAGGAGGUAUUGUCACAUCACCGACGAUAUAUCAGAAGUAUAUGUGGCCAUACCAAAUAAUACAUCCUUGACAAAUAUAAACAUUUUUAUUGCACAAAAUCUUGUCAUAUAUUUUUUUCCAUAAUCAUCACUACGAUGAUAAUUCAUUGUAUUGAAUUGUACAUUACAAUUACAAUCUGGUCAUAACUGGCCAAUGAGCAAUUUUAAUUUAACCUAAAUUACUACUGUUCCUUAAAAUGAAGAGCUUACCCCAUAGCGUCUGUUAUCUAAUCUAACAAGAUCGUGCACUAUUCUAACAUACCUACACAGGCACACAAGCACUAUGCUCUGCUUGUCACUAUCACCUAUCACUCAAACUAGUUCAAAAGGCUUUGUCCUCGUCAAUCUUCUAGUUUGCCCAGUAGUAUUGAGGAGCUGGAUUUCCUCAAUAUUCUUGUAGGUACUUAUGAAGUUGUUGCUCGUGACUUCCAACUUUACUCCAACUUUAAAAACAAAUCCAGCUGUAAAAUAUUUAUGUGCUUGAAGGCUUUUGUAUGCUUUCAUCUGCUGCUUAGAGUAGUAACUGUGAGACUCCACCAGAUAUGUAUAAAUAUCUAUAAUAGUAAUUUGGUGGAAUGCACUUUACUGUAAAAUCCAAUUCUGACUGAAUUGUAUAUGGAUCUAAAUCCCGAAUUAUUUUCAGCUUCAAUAAAUAUCUAAAACAAUAAAAGAAAUAAUGUUAUUGCUUGCAAAAUUUAUCAAUAUUGAUAAAUAUCAGGGAAAAAUGAACAGUAAAUAAAAAUUGUUUCUCCUACCUUUCUCCAACAUCUGGAGUUUCCAAUAAUAAUUUCCUUAAAUAAUCACUUUGCAUUGUGGUAAAGUUUAUAAAGUUCACAAAAUACACCAAACGAAAUCCAAAUGAAUCCAAAAUAGACAAAAUACGACGAUAAACAGUGAAUAUCAAAAAUAGAUAUUACAAACAUCACCUCUGUAACUUUUUGUAUGCCAACCAGAAGUGACGUGGUUUGGAUUGCCUAAUACAUAGAUACACGCGCGUGGCAAAUUUAAAAAUGAACGCAAAUGAAAAGUAAAUGGCCUCUCUUAAAAUAUAGGACAUUGGUAGUAUGUUCAUAGAAUGUCUUGUGGUAACAUUCCACCAAUAAUUUAAUCAGAUGUUCACCGAAUGUUCCUUGAAUGUUCAGGACAUUCAAACAUUAAUAGAACUUUGAUAGUAUAUUCCUGGAAUGUUUUGUGUUGUUAGUUAAUUUUUGAAAGUGUUCUGGAACUGUCUAUAACUUUUUACAAUGCCUCAAAUGGUAAAAUAGCUGUGAGAUAAUGCUUUUUUAGCUGAUAAAAUUGACAUCGGAUAGUUCUCCGAAUGGCAAUACUGCCAUAAUCAUCAAAUAAGUUUUAGAAUGAAACGUUUGCCGUAAAACAAUGCUCCGAACAUUAAUACAAUUCUGAAAUAAUGCUUUAAAUGGCAAGCCAGCAGUAAAAUAACGCUUCUAACUGCAGAAUUGUAGUUCGAUAAUGCUUCUAAUGCAAUACAGUAUUGAGGUAAUGAUUCAAAUAGUAGGAUCGGUAUGAUAUGAUAAAUGCAGCAUAUGAUUGUAAGAGUCUUGGGAUAAUGCUUAGAGAAACAAGAUUGUCGUGAGAUAAUGCUUUAAAUGGCAAUAUUGGUAGAAGUUAAUGCUUCAAAUGUUAAAACUGCUCUCCAGAAUCAAUGACAAAACUGUGCUGGAAUAAUCCUUUAAGUAUUAGGAAAGACCUGACAUCGCUUCAAAUGAUACAGUUGCCGUUAGAUAAUGCUUCCAUUGGUAGGAUUGCCAUAAGAUAAUGUUCCAAAUGACGUCGACGUCAUAUAAUACUUUAUAUAAAAGGAUUGCAUUAAUAAAAUGCUUCGAAUCAUUAGAUAGCCACGAGAUAUUGUUUAGAUUGACAAGUUUGCCAUGAAAUAAUGCUCCAAAUAUCAAUACUGGUCCGAUAUACGGCUUCAAAUAGAAAGUUGUCGUGAGAUUAUAUUUCAUGAUAAGAGAAUGACCCUUUAAAUGACAUCGUAGUGAUAGAUUCUUCGAAUUGUAAAAUAGUCAAUAAAUAAGCCUUCAAAUGGCAAUAUUUCCGUGACAAAUGCUUAUAUCGAUGAGGUAGCCAUGAGAUAAUGCUUGGAAUGCAGGAUUGUCAUGACAUAAUUUUUGGGUCGGCAGGAUUAAGGAGCUAUUUGAGCAAUAAAGCUCGUCUCAAUGUGAUUAAUUUUAAUGAGAAAUUGAUGAGAAGUCUGCAAACUUGGAGAACCAUAAUUUGGGCACAAAAACAACAAGAAAUUUGUGGAAAAAAAUUCUAUAGAUGAAGUUGUAGAAGUUUAUUGCUAAAUAAAAAAGUCAAAGCCAAAUUUUUUGAAAAUAUUCAAGAAAAACUGUAAUAUUGUUUUAAAAAACUGUAUAAACAAAUAAUAAUUUAGUAGUUCUCAGCCUAUUGCAUUUUUGUUAAUCGAAAUAGCUUAAUUUUAUUUUAACAAAUCAAUUAACUAUUAAUUAUCUUUGAAAACCUUUUGAUAUUAUAUUCUAAGACGUUUUUAUAUAUUGUUGUUGUAUAUUCUCCUUUUUUUUAAUGCAUCUGUAUAUUUUGUAUGAUUUUUGAAGGAGUAUGAUAAAUUUAAAUUAUUAAGUACCAUUAAUUGUUAAAAAGAUUGAAUUACUAUAACGUAACACCAUUGAUUCUUAAAGUGUGACAAAAGCGCCACCCACAAGUUGGUAUUGGAAUUAAAAAGAAGCAUUAUUAGACAUUUUUGCCAAUAAAAAUGCCUUUUAUGUGAAACAAACCGAACAAAUUCCAAAAAUCCACUCUGAGAUACGAGGGAAAGGUGAAAAGUUUUCGGUCCAGUUCAUAGAUGGCACUGUUUUUUAUGCGUGAGAGGAAAUCUUCAUAAAACACCUUUCGACAUGUGCCGGAUGAUAGUGUGGGAGUUCUAUCCACUACAACAUUGUAUUUGUUUGCUUAUGAAUUCUCUCUCUUUUUUCAUCACUCGCUUAACCGUAGAAAUCAAACAAGAUGCAUUGUUACGAGUAAAGUCGCUGGUUGUUUCGUAUAUGUACCUUGAAGUAUGCAGAGCUCACAAUACUUGUAUGUUUGACCGUUCACAGAGGACAUUUGCAGCGCUGCUAACAAGUAUAAGUUGUCUUCGACAUUAACUAUAUAAAUCAUAAUUUUGAGCAAAUUGAAAUCGCGUCCCAAUGGAAAUUUGGAUCUUUGAAAUUCCCCUUAAAUAGAUGGUCGAGCUGUUUUUCGAUUUAGAGGUGCGCAUCCCUCUGAAUCGAAAACAAGCAAAACCAUCUUUUACUUUUCUAUCUUUACUCAAAUUUGAGUACUAGGAAGUCCUAGACGAAUGAAAACGGAAUGUGAUUGCAUACAGGGUGAGGCAAAUAAAGGGCCUAUUAGAAAUAUCUCGAGAACUAAAGGCAACAGAAUCAUGAAAAUUGGAAUAAAGGGGUUUUGAAGGUUGAUCUAUUAAAUGAAAAUAUUUUCAUCCCUUUGCAACUUCCGGUUAUACCGGAAGUUGCUUAUAACUUCGUUUUUUUUUAAAUGGCACACCCUGUAUAUUUUUACAUUUUUGGAUUCUCUUCGAU